AGCAGGGCUCUUAUAUUCUUGUUUGGGGAUCAGAGGAGGUGUGACUGAACUCCCCCAGAAAAAAGGACAGCAGGGGAAAGAGGUAUUAAUGUUCUGAGACUGUAUAACAGAUAACCAUGGAAACCCAGCCAAAAGAAAUAGAGGAGGGAGAGAAGUCCCCAGAGUCCAAGGACUUGCUGCCCAGCCAAACAGCCAGCAGCUUGUGCAUCAGCUCACGCAGUGAGUCCAACUGGAAUGCUCCCCGCCAGAACAAGUGGGAUAUUUAUCACAAGCCAGUCAUUGUACUAUCAGUGGGUGGAGCCGUGUUUCUCUUUGGCGUGGCUAUCACCAGCCUGACCUGCCUCACCACGGACAAAAAACCCAGCAUGAGCAACAAAACUAAGGAGGCAUUUAAACUGUGCGGCCCGGCCUUCCUCUCCCUGGGCCUCAUGCUGCUAGUGUGCGGGCUCGUCUGGAUCCCCAUCAUCCGCAAAAAGCUGAGACAGAAGCAGAAGUAUCACAUCCUCCAGAGCAUCAAAUCUUUCUUCCUCAACCGCUGAAAGCAGCUCUCACGUUCAGCCAGAAAGUG